AGAGAGAGAGAGAGAGGGAGGGAGGGAGAGGGGGGGCUAGUGGAUGUAGCUCUAGCUGUGGGCCGGGGGGUGAGCUACCUAGCCCGGGCUGCUCUGCCGAAACAUCCAUGGGUGGCUGUGUCGGGAGCCACCACGACUCCUCGGGCAGCUUAAACGAGAACUCGGACGGCACUGGAGUGACUCUAGGGCGUAACCAGCCCCUGAAGAGAGAACGGCCUAAAUGGAAAAGUGACUACCCGAUGACUGAAGGCCAGCUGCGCAGCAAGAGAGAUGAGUUCUGGGAUACGGCGCCAGCGUUCGAGGGUCGGAAGGAGAUCUGGGAUGCUCUGCGGGCCGCGGCCAGCGCCUUUGAGAGCAAUGACCACCUGCUGGCUCAGGCUAUCCUCGACGGGGCCAGCAUCACACUGCCGCACGGAGCUCUGACUGAAUGUUACGAUGAACUGGGGAAUCGAUACCAGCUGCCGGUCUACUGCCUCUCUCCUCCCGUCAACAUGAUCGAAGAGCGCUCCGAUGAGCUCGACGGUUCGGAUCCGGACUCCGGCGCCGCCGAGCCGUCCACGGGCAGCGCCGGCGACGCCGGCUCGGGAGGGGAGUGCCGGCUCCGGCUCCGGCUCUCCACCGGCCGCGACCUCCGGCUGGCGGUCCGCUCCACGGACACGGUGGGCAUGAUGAAGCGCCGUCUACACAGUCAGGAGGGCGUGCCUGCCGCGACCCAACGCUGGUUCUUCUCAGGUCGGCCACUGACUGACAGGCUGCGCUUGGACCAACUCAACAUCUCCAGGGACUACGUAGUGCAGGUCAUCCUCAGCCAGCCAACACCGUCCGAGCCGGCGUCGACGACAGGACACACACCAGAGGCCUCCGGACCGGCGGCAGGGGAAGGAGUGGCAGCGCUGUCGCAAGAGCCGACGCCCGUCGAGAAUUAACUCGGCCCCAACCUGGAAGCCCGGAGAGAGGGGGAGGAGGAGGAGGAGGAUAACAAGGGAGAAAAUAAAGAAUGAGAGUUGAUUCUCACUUUUCUUU